GGUGGCACUGGAGGCGUUAGUUGAGUUUUCAUCGAUUCCCGGAUUUUUGUGUGAAUUUCAAGACGCUAAAAUCUCAUUUCCUGGCAGCGAUUGGGACUUCCGGACACACGAUUCCGAUGCGGCCGCACUCCGCGAGGCAAAUGUGCGAGAACCAGGACAAAAAGGGCAGCUUCUCCUUCCGGCCCUUCUCGCAGUUGCCCCGGGAAUCUUCGGCGCCCAGGAAGAACAGUGACGAUGGGGGCACGCAAAGGGCUCCUGUUACAUGGCUGGAUGACGACGAUAUCGACAAACUCGACCUGUCGCUGAACAUAGACGCCGCAAAUAUGUUCUUCAAUCGUGUGGACAGCGCGGAGAUCAUCUACCAGGCCAAGAAGAAGAGCUGUAAGAUGGUGGGGAAGUACGUGAUGGGAGACAUUCUGGGUGAGGGAUCAUACGGCAAGGUGAAGGAGGUGUUAGACUCCGAGACACUCAGUCGACGGGCAGUGAAGAUUUUGACGAAGCGAAAACUUCGCCGGAUUCCCAAUGGGGAGCAGAAUGUGCGACGGGAGAUUCAGUUGCUGCGAAAUCUCAAACACAAAAAUGUGAUCGAACUGCUGGACGUGCUCUACAAUGAGGAGAAGCAGAAGAUGUAUCUCAUCAUGGAGUACUGCGUCGGUGGGCUGCAAGAGAUGUUGGAUUCAGCGCCGGAGAAACGCUUCCCACUCUUCCAGGCCCACCGAUACUUCAUGCAGCUGCUCAACGGACUGGAGUAUCUGCAUGGGUGUGGUGUGAUCCACAAGGAUAUAAAGCCUGGCAAUCUCCUCCUCACGCUGGAUCACACUCUCAAGAUCUCUGACUUUGGGGUGGCGGAGGCGCUGGAGCCGUUUGCCGAGGAUGAUACGUGCACCACUGGUCAGGGAUCGCCGGCAUUCCAGCCGCCUGAGAUUGCCAAUGGACUGGAGUCUUUUGCGGGUUUCAAAGUCGACAUCUGGAGCAGUGGCGUGACUCUCUACAAUAUCACCACUGGUCAAUACCCAUUCGAGGGCGACAACAUCUAUCGGCUGCUCGAGAAUAUCGGCAAGUCGCAGUGGGAGCCCCCAGAGUCACUGUACAAACUGGAUAUGCACCUGGCCACGUUGAUCCUUGGGAUGCUGCAGGCCGAUCCCGACCAACGAUUCACAUUGCCACAAAUUCGCAACCAUCCAUGGUUCAUCGGAGCUCCGGAGAAAACUGGGCCCCCAAUCCCAUUCCCACCACUCAAAGGGGAUGAAUUACGACGUUCCACAGUACUGCCUUAUCUAGAAGCUUAUCAUUAUGCCACCGAUCGUGACAAUGAAGACGUCUACUUCACGGAGCACGAUUUAAAUCAGCAACUUGCAAAACAAGCUGCAGCGCACAGGAGUGCGGCGAAGUCAAAGCACGGCAGUGUUAGCGGUGGCAGUAGUGACACGAAGAAACGUCCACGAAAGACCGUUUCUUGUAUUUCUGUACGCAAAUUGACCAGCUGUCGUCCAUCGUGAGAGUUAGUCCUUAGU